UUACCGACCGUCACAUACGAAGGUUCAAUCUUAGGAGUUAAGCAAACCCCAGAUAAUCUAGAUUCUUCUGGAACUAUCUAAGCGUGUUAUCGUGGUCCAACCCAUAAACCAACAAAGAAAAAGGUAGAAAAAAAGCUCAUUCCUCCGAUAAUCUUAUCUCUCUCACUCUCACUCUCAAAAUAUUCAUCUUCACAAAGCGUUUUUCUAAAGUUUAAUCGAUUAAGCCGUUUGAGUCUCCUGCUCUGCUUCGUAUCGCUUCCGAUAUCGGCCACUCCACUUCAGGAAUCGAAAAGUAAUGGCGGAUCAGUACUCCGGUGAAGGCUCCAGUACUAUCAAUACUACUAUGGAUAGUUCGGAUUCUAUUGUGGAAAUCAGUAUCAAGACAUUAGACUCGCAGAUUUACAGUUUUCGAGUUGAUAAAAAUAUGUCUGUUUUGUCGUUUAAGGAGAAGAUAGCUAAUGAAACUGGCCUACCAGUUGGUCAGCAACGGCUGAUUUUUAGGGGAAAGGUCUUAAAAGAUGAGCAUCUUCUUUCUGAGUACCACGUGGAAAAUGGUCAUACACUUCAUCUAGUUGAAAGGCAGCCAGCACAGUCUCAAAAUUCCUCCGGUACAAGUACUGGUGAAACUAAUGGGGAUAAUAACAAUCAAGCAAAUGAUGCCAAUGCGGGUGCUUCUCGUAACCGUGUUGGACAAAUUUCACACAGUGUAGUUCUCGGGACAUUUAAUGUUGGGGAUCAAGGUGAAGGGAUGGUUCCUGACCUUAGUCGGGUAAUUGGGGCAGUUCUGAAUUCUAUUGGUAUUGGAAACCAGAACCAGGCUAUGGCUAAUGCUACUGGCACUGCACAGUCUAAUAGUAUGUCAAGUAAUCCUGGUACUGCCCAAGGAAAUGGAACAGAAGGGAUUCGUGUUAAUGUUGGUGGUCAGAACCAAGCAGGAAACCAACCACAGUCUGGGCAGGCAUUCCCUAGGUUUCCAUUGCCUCAAGUUCUGCAAAUCCCUAUUGCUACUGCAUCAGUACCUAUUCCUUCACUAAAUACGCCAAUUCCAGGCUCUUUGACUACUCUUUCAGAGUUUAUGAAUCGCAUGGAGCAGACUUUUUCACAAACUGGUUACCAGCCAAAUUCAUCUCCAAUCAGUACCGGAGAUCUACCAAGGGUGGACUUGCCUUCUAAUGCCCAGGGGUUACAUACACCAGAAGCGUUGAGCAUUGUUCUACGUCAAGCAGAACGGCUGCUGAGCACUCAUGCAGUUGCUGCAUUAUCUCAUAUUGCAGGGCGCUUGGAGCAGGAUAGAGAAUCUACUGAUCCUACUGUGAGAGGUCAAAUCCAGACAGAGUCGAUGCAAGUGGGUCUUGCAAUGCAACAUUUAGGCACUCUUCUUCUCGAGCUUGGUCGUACUAUUUUGACUCUGCGGAUGGGGCAGACUCCUGCAGAAUCUAUUGUAAAUGCUGGACCUGCUGUUUAUAUUUCUCCAUCAGGGCCUAACCCUAUAAUGGUUCAGCCUUUUCCCCUUCAAACAAGCUCUCUCUUUAGUGGGUCUGCCCCUCAAUUGAAUCCCAUGACCUUGGGUUCUGCCGGCAUUGGAAAUGCCCCCAGAAAUGUAAACAUUCAUAUACAUGCUGUUGGUACGCAGGGUGCUAAUGGAGACGGGCUGCAGGGAGAACGCCGCAGUGGAGGAACUGGUUCUGCUGAUUCAGGUGCAUCACGUGUGACACCUGUUAGAAAUAUAAUUACUGCUGCUGCCCCACCACGCCCUUCUGGUUCUGCAUUGUCUAGUGUUGUGAAUCCUGCCACUGUUCUUUCUGCUCCAGGUGCAUCUGCUUCACAGCCAGCUACUAACUCUGAUUCACUGUCCUCUCUUUUAGCAGAAGUAAAUUCACAAAUUAGAAAUUUAGUUGGUAACAUGCAGGGAGAUAACCUGGUUCAGUCAGGUCAAGAAGAUACGAAUAAUCAGAACUCACAUGUUCCCUCCGGUAGUCGUGAUGCAGAGAUUGAGCAUUGUAUUACACCAGCAGUUAAUGUAGAUGGGGAAUCCAAUGUCUCAUCCCUUGGGUGUAUACCAGAACAAGCCCGUGAGGAUGCAGGUGUUGUUUCUGAUUUAAAAGAUGAUUUGACGUGCUCCUAUAAAGAUUCUCAGAGUUCUGCCAGUGGACAAAAAAUGGAGAAGGAUGUAGAAGAUCAUAAAGAAAAUAGUCCUAGGGAUGUUGAGAAGCUGGAUGGAAAUGAUGCUGCUAAAGUUGUUCCUCUUGGAUUAGGACUUGGAGGUUUGGAACGCAAGAGACGUGCCCGAACUCAGCUACAAAAACCACUGGCCCAAAGUGCAGACAGUGGCACUACUAGUAGUUCCACUAAUCAAAAUCAGCAAGUGAGAACCAACCAACAGGUUUCAGGACAACCGUCCUCUGCGGUUCAGCUGGCCAGAGAUGGUGGGCCUUUGGGUGGGCUAGGUUCUGAUGGCCAAGAUGAUCUGGCAAGCGUUAUGUCUCAGGUUCUGCAAAGUCCUGCUCUGAAUGGUAUGCUGUCAGGCGUUUCUGAGCAAACUGGUGUGGGGUCUCCAGAUGCCUUGAGGAAUAUGUUGCAGCAGUUCACACAAAGCCCACAAAUGAGAAAUGUAGUAAAUCAAAUCGCUCAACAGGUCGACAGUCAGGAUGUCGGAAACAUGUUUACAGGAAUGGGAGGCCAAGGUGGUGGACUCGAUUUUUCAAGGAUGUUUCAACAAAUGAUGCCCAUUGUGUCUCGAGCCCUUGGAAGUACAGGGCCAACUGCUCCACAACCAGUCUCUGCUGUGGAGCCCCAAGCAUUGCCACAGUACAAUCAAAGGAAUUUAAGUGGAUGUGAGAACAAUGACCAGGAUUUACAGGAUGACCUUCAAUCAGUGACUCAAAAGAUUGAAAACAUGAGUCCACCGGAAGACAUUUUUCAUUCACUAGUUGAAAACUCACUUCGGUUAUCUGGCAUUGAAAGUGGCCCUGAAGGACUUGUUGAUGAGCUGUGCAGCAACGAGAGCCUUGUUAAUGAAUAUCUCGAGCUAUUACGAAACGAAAUAGGUCAACGGUUUCAGGGUGAUUUGUGAUUUGGAGGUGGACAAGUGCUAGCCUGGCGUUUAUCAGGCAGUUGGUCUGAUCAUUGGUCUUGAAGGAUUUGAAUUAGAUUUGCCCAUUUGGCUAGUACUUUGUGGGAUUACUCGAAAUCGGUUUUACAAGAGUAGAUACUCCAAGAUGGAAGCAGUAAAAAGAACUGUUGAUACUUCUUGUACAAAAUAGGAUUAGGGCAUGAUGUGCUCAAAGUUAUUUAUGCAAGCAAUCCAUGUUUUGGGUUGUAUUUUAAUUCAUUUUCAGAAACUAGUAAUCUAUUAGAUUCUGGCCCUCGAUUGUUAAAUUUUAAAAAUUUGGUGUUAAUUUAUGCGAGGCUAAUACUUUUUGGAAGAGAACAAGUUUGCCAAUGUGCAUGUCUA